ACAGGAGGCGGACCCAGCCGGCCAGCUGCCUCUUGAUUCUGCCCAGCACUUGGGUCUCCUGCCCUCACCUGCUGUCCCCGGGCAGCCACGUCCUGUGUGUCUGGCCAUGUGGUGGCUGUGGCCCCUGGCGCUUGCUCUUGAUGUGGGGCUGGGUGGGGUCUCUGGGGCUGCCCCGGGUGGGCACAGAGCUGAGCCCUGGGAGCAGCAGAGCCGGUCCAGGAGGGGCUCCGAGGCCGAGGUGGCCAGGGAGGUGCAGUACUAUGCACCUUCAGAGUGGGCCGAGUACCCCCGGCCCAUCCAUCCUGCCGGCCCGCAGCCCACCAAGCCCUUGGUGGUCACCAGUGCCCCCCCUGACAAGGAUGGGGACGUCCCCGGCAGUGGGCAGGAGCUGAGGGGCAAUCUGAUGGGGACGCCGAGCCAGAGGCUGCAGAUCCAGAACCCCCUGUACCCGGUGACCAAGAGCUCCUACCGCGCCUACGCCGUCAUGCUCCUGGCCCUGCUGGUGUUCGCUGUGGGCAUUGUGGGCAACCUGUCGGUCAUGUGCAUCGUGUGGCACAGCUACUACCUGAAGAGCGCCUGGAACUCCAUCCUUGCCAGCCUGGCCCUCUGGGACUUCCUGGUCCUCUUCUUCUGCCUCCCCGUUGUCAUCUUCAAUGAGAUCACCAAGCAGCGGCUCCUGGGUGACAUCUCCUGCCGGGCCGUGCCCUUCAUGGAGGUCUCCUCUCUGGGUGUCACGACCUUUAGCCUCUGCGCCCUGGGCAUCGACCGCUUCCACGUGGCCACCAGCACCCUGCCCAAGACGAGGCCUAUUGAGCGGUGCCAGUCGAUCCUGGCCAAGCUGGCUGUCAUCUGGGUGGGCUCCAUGACUCUGGCUGUACCUGAGCUUCUGCUGUGGCAGCUGGCGCAGGAGCCGGGCCCUGCCUCGGGCACCGUGGACUCGUGCGUCAUGAAGCCAUCGGCCGGCCUGCCUGAGUCCCUGUACUCCCUGGUGAUGACCUACCAGAACGCCCGCAUGUGGUGGUACUUUGGCUGCUACUUCUGCCUGCCCAUCCUGUUCACCGUCACCUGCCAGCUGGUGACGUGGCGGGUGCGGGGCCCGCCGGGCAGGAAGCCGGAGUGCCGGGUGGGCAAGCAUGUGCAGUGCGAAAGCCAGCUCAACGGCACGGUGGUGGGCCUGGCCGUGGUCUACGCCUUCUGCACCCUCCCAGAGAACGUCUGCAACGUGGUGGUGGCCUACCUGUCCACCGAGCUCACACGCCAGACCCUGGACCUGCUGGGCCUCGUCAACCAGUUCUCCACCUUCUUCAAGGGCGCCAUCACGCCGGUGCUGCUGCUCUGUGUGUGCCGGCCGCUCAGCCAGGCCUUCCGGGACUGCUGCUGCUGCUGCUGCCGCCAAGACUGUGGCGGGGCCCCCGACGCCUCAGCCAGCGGCGCGGACAAGCUCAAGGCUGAGGUGUCCUCGUCCAUCUACUUCCACAAGCCCAGGGAGUCGCCCCCACUCCUGCCCCUGGGCACGCCUUGCUGAAGCCAGGCCCAGGGAGGGGACGGGGCCGCCACCCUGGGCCCAGCAGGGCCUGCUGUUUCUUUCCCCAUAGGUCUCACUUGGCUGCCAGCCCUGCUGCUCAGAGAGGGACUUGGGGCCUCUUGUGCGGUUUGGGGUUGCGAAAGCCCCUCCCCACGCAGGGCCUCUCCCGUCACUCUGAGGGACCUUCUAGCACUGUCCUCGGCACAGGUAGGCUGCCCCCCUUCUCUGUCCUUAGAGCUGCCCCAGUCCCAGGCCCCGGCUGGGAGCCACAGUGCCCUGGCUCCCUCUCCGAUGUGACUCUGAUGCGCUCAUUGGAGGUCAUUAUCCUGUCCCACCCGGGCCCCAUCCUGGAAUGGGGGCUCCUUGGUGAGGGGCAGCUGCGCAGGCUCAGUACCGUCUUCCUUGGACUGGAUCUGUCCCUUCUUCUGGGGAUUUCUCUUCCCUCCUCUCUCAAAGGUACCCAGGUUGUCCCGUCCAAGCUCCCUGGUUAAGUCCUUUCCUAUAGGAGGCCCUUCCUGAACAUCAAUAAACUAGGUAGAACUA